AUGCUCAAUGAUUGUGGUAUGCUGGAGUUUCCUUUCACGGGGGACAUGCUUUCUUGGGUAGGAAAGAGAGCAGGAGGGACAACUGUCAGAUGUCGUUUAGACAGAGCUGUAGGAAAUGCGGACUGGCAUGAGAAAUUUCCGCAUACGGGGGUUAAGUAUAUGAGGUUAUGGGGAUCAGAUCAUCGUCCGAUUCUUGCAGACAUACUCACAAAGCCAACGAGGAGAAUAAAAAAGUUUAAGUUUGACAAAAGAUGGCUGGAUAAUGAGGAGUUAAGGCAAGUCAUUCUCGAGGGAUGGAAAUCACCUGAUCUCCCUCCUAAUGCGACUAUAAUGGAACACAUUUCGAGUUGCCGCAAAGCCUUGAGCGAAUGGAGGAGACAACAUAAUGUUAAUUCCGCGAAAUUGGUGGAGGAGCUUAAGGAGAAAGUGGAGGGCCUAUAUGCUGAUGAUAAUGCUACAACUGAAGUGAUUGCAGCAGCUCUGAAGGAACUAUCUGAUGCUCUUAAAGCAGAAGAAAUGCUCUGGAAACAGAAGAGUCGAGUGUUUUGGUUGCAGGAUGAAGAAGGAUUAGUAGCCAUUGCUACAAGCUAUUUUAGACAGAUUUUUGAAUCGUCUAAUCCAGAGGAUAUUGAAGAAGCAUUGGCUCAGAUUCCUACGACGAUUACUGGAGCAAUGAAUGACAAUCUGACAUGCCCGGUCACUGAAUGGGAGAUCAAAGUAGCGCUUUUUGCCAUGCAUCCCGAGAAGGCUCCAGGCCCGGAUGGGAUGACUGCGUUUUUUUACCAGAAAUUCUGGGAUAUUGUGAAGGAUGAUUUAACUCAUAUGAGAUUGAAAAGAGUACUGCCAGGCUUGAUAUCAGAAACUCAGUCAGCUUUUGUGGCAGGAAGACAAAUCUCAGAUAAUAUUAUGAUAGCUCAAGAAAUGUUCCACGCCCUGAGAACCAAACCAAGUGGACGAAACAAAAGAAUGGCUAUCAAGACGGACAUGAGUAAAGCAUACGACAGGAUGGAAUGGUCAUUUAUUGAGGCUGUCAUGCGAAAGAUGGGCUUCUCGGAAACAUGGAUCGCCUGGAUAAUGCGAUGCAUUACGUCGGUUAAGUACAAGCGAAUCAGUGCAAAUAGUAGGCAAGAGAUUAAAGAUGUACUUGGAAUCCAAAAUGAAGGAGGAAUGGGAACCUACCUUGGUAUCCCGGAAGACAUAAGUGGGUCUAAGUGCAAGCUCUUUGCGUUUCUCAAGGAUAAGCUCAUGCAUAGAGUGAAUGGUUGGACAGGUAGGUGGCUAUCAAAAGGAGGCAAGGAAGUACUGAUUAAAUCUAUUUUGCUAGCGCUUCCAACUUAUGUAAUGUGUACGUUCCUUCUCCCCUUGGAGAUAUGCGAAAACCUAGCAGCGGCUAUUGCUAAAUUUUGGUGGAGUUCAAAUCCACCGAAACGAGGAAUGCACUGGGCGAAAUGGGAAAAAGUCUGUCUACCAAGAGAGGAUGGUGGGAUUGGCUUUCGUUUGAUCCAUGAGUUUAAUCUGGCUCUUUUGGCGAAACAGCUAUGGAGGCUUGCCCAGUUCCCUGACUCUUUGGUAGCCCGGGUGUUGAAAGGAAGAUAUUAUAGGUUGUGCUCACCACUAAGUGUAAUCCCAGCUAGUAGCCCAUCAUAUGUGUGGACUAGUAUCUCGGCGGCAAGGGAGUUAUUGAUGAUGGGAAUUAGACAGAAGGUACACUCAGGAUAUGAAGUCAAGAUCUGGCAGGAUCCGUGGAUUCCAACGGUGCCGCCGAGAGCAGCUCACCCUGUGGUCCCAGUUAUGAACCCCAACAUGAGAGUGAGCGAUCUCAUUAAUCAGGAGUCGAAGGAUUGGGAUGUGAGUCUUUUGGAGAAAUACGUCAAUCGGGAUGACAUACCUCUUAUACGGAGCUUAGCCAUAAGCUCGGCCCACCGACGGGACACAUUUUGCUGGAGCUACACAAGGAAUGGACAAUACACGGUCAAAUCUGGAUAUUGGGUGGCUCGAACUUUAUUAAAACAGAGGAAGAAAAGGAAGUUGUGGAGCCAAGUAUUACUGAGAUUCAAGUCUUUGCUUGGAAGCUAA